AAAAGGUUCAAACUUUUGCAGAAAGCUUCGAAAGAGUGUAAUGGAGAAUCUGACGACGGCGCAAUUUCUCCACAGAGCGACGCUACAGAAGAAUCCACCUCCUCCACCAUGGAAUUUGAACUCAAGCUUUCUCAAUUCUACCUCCUAUUCAAUAUCUAAACUCUCUUCUCUCCGCCGUGCUUUGCCCUUGUCUAUCAAUGGCGACGCGUCGCAGUCCACCUCUCUUAUCCACCACCACCACCGGUUUCUCAGUUCAUUGCCACGGCGGCUCGAACUUCCCGGUUCAUGUCCUCUACGGUUGCUUCAGGAAUAUGGAGAUUGGAGCAAAGACCAUUUCUGGGCUGUUAUUCGUUUUCUCCGUCACUCCUCAAGACUCCACGAGAUUCUUCCUGUUUUUGAUGCGUGGAAGAAUCUUGAGCGUUCACGAAUAAGCGAGGCUAAUUACGAGAGGGUUAUAAGGCUUUUAUGUGAGGAAAAAUCGAUGAAUGAAGCAAUUCGAGCUUUUCGCGGUAUGAUUGAUGAUCAUGAGCUAAGUCCGUCUUUAGAAAUAUAUAAUUCAAUCAUCCAUGGUUAUGCUGAUGAAGGGAAGUUUGAGGAAGCUAUGUUCUACUUAAAUCAUAUGAAAGAGAAUGGUCUGUUACCGAUAACCGAGACAUACGAUGGCUUGAUUGAAGCAUAUGGUAAAUGGAAAAUGUAUGAUGAGAUUGUUUUGUGUCUCAAGAGAAUGGAGUCUGAAGGUUGUGUGCGUGACCAUGUUACUUAUAAUCUACUCAUACGCGAGUUUUCCCGAGGAGGGUUGCUUAAGAGAAUGGAGCAAAUGUAUCAGAGUUUGAUGUCGAGGAAGAUGACUCUGGAGCCUUCUACAUUGUUGUCCAUGCUUGAAGCUUAUGCCGAGUUUGGGCUAAUUGAAAAGAUGGAAGAAACGUGUAACAAGAUAAUAAGGUUUGGGAUCUCUCUGGAUGAGGGUUUAGUUAGAAAAUUAGCUAAUGUUUACAUUGAUAACCUCAUGUUUUCGAGGCUUGAUGAUUUGGGUCGUGGCAUUUCUUCCUCUAGAACCCGUAGGACCGAUCUGGCUUGGUGUCUCAGGCUUCUGUGUCAUGCCCGACUUGUGAGUCGGAAAGGUUUGGAUUAUGUUAUUAAAGAGAUGAAAGAAGCUCGAGUUCCUUGGAAUACAACUUUUGCCAAUAUCACACUUUUAGCUUACUCAAAGAUGGGAGAUUUUAAGAGCAUUGAGCUGUUACUCUCUGAGCUACGGACAAAACAUGUGAAGCUUGAUCUUGUAACUGUAGGGAUUAUCUUCGACUUGAGCGAAGCUGGGUUCGACGUUACUGGAGUUUUCAUGACUUGGAAAAAGAUUGGUUUUCUUGAUAAGCCUGUGGAAAUGAAGACAGACCCUUUGGUUCAUGCUGCUUUUGGGAAAGGGAAGUUUCUUAAGAGUUGUGAAGAAGUGAAGAACCAGUCUCUUGGUAUGAGAGGGGAAGAAUCGAAGGCAUGGACUUACCAGUAUCUAAUGGAAGUUGUGGUUAAGAAUCAGAAAACUGUACCUUAGUAUGUAAAUUUGAACCUAUACAAACACUAGACUGUAUGUAGACACUAACACUUGUAAGCUUCUCUCAAGUCUCCCCUUCUACACGAUUCUCUCUGUUUGCAUUUGUCUUGUUUCUUCUUGUAUAGACCUUACACGGUCUUGUAUCAGUUACAUCAUUCCCUGAUAAUAGCUCGAAGAAUUGUUCCAUUUCGUCGA